AUGGAGUUGAGAUACUUGACUCCAAACUACUACCAAGAGGUGCUCAAGAAGGUGUACAUGUUGAGGCAAGGUACCAAAACUGUGGAAGAAUAUUAUGAUGAGUUUGAUAACUUACGGAUGAAGUCUAAAAUUGAAAAGAAUAUGGAAUGUACGGUGAUACGAUUCGUGGCAAACUUGAGGUAUGAUAUCUUGAAGCCCUUGAAACUUAAGCACUAUGAGACUCUUGAAGCGGCUUUCCAUGAUGCCUCGAAGGUAGAAGCAAAUUUGAAAGAAGAAAAGUCAUACAAGGCCAAANAACUUGAGGUAGCAGCAAAUUUGAAAGAAGAAAAGUCAUACAAGGCCAAAAGUUCUUUGACUUCCACAUGGAGCAAAGGUAGAGAUAAUUGGAAGACGACAUCCUCUAGGGAGCAACCUAAAGGUGGAGGUCAAGUUGCCCAAGUCAAGCUUGAUUACAAAUCCAAGGCAAGUGAGCAACCACAAGGAGGUAACUAUGUUAAACCUAACUUUCCUCGACCCUCUACAAUUCAAUGCUUUAGAUGCCAAGGGAGGGGACAUGUUGCUAGUGAGUGUCCAAAUAGGAGAACAAUUGUUGCUCUUCGUGAUGGAUAUAAGACUGAAGAUGAAGAAAAAAUUGAGGGAGAGGGAGAUAGGGGUGAAGGAGAGGAAGGUGCUUCAGGGGAUGAAGAAGAAAGGUUGGACGAGAGGGUGAAUUUUUCUUGCUUCAUGAAGAAGGGAAAGUCUUUGCUUGAUGAUGAUGAAGACUUGAACAUGAAUGUCAAUCUUUCAUGUGUUGUGAGAAGAAUUAUGGGAGCCCUUGCAAAAGAAGAACUUGACCAAAGGGAGAAUCUAUUUCAUGCUAGGUGCAAAAUCCAAGAUAAAGUGUCUUCUUUAAUCAUUGAUAGCGGGAGUUGCACCAAUGUGGUGAGUAGUUCCUUGGUGGAGCGUAUGAAAAUACAAACCAGUAAGCAUCCCAAUCCUUAUAAGCUACAGUGGCUCAACGAGAGUGGAGAGAUGAAGGUCCUCAAACAAGCAAGUAUUCGGUUUAGUGUGGGAAAGUACAAUGAAGAAUUGGUUUGUGAUGUGGUAUCCAUGUUGGUAUGUCACCUACUGUUGGGGAGACCUUGGCAAUUUGAUAGAGAUGUUGUGCACCAAGGGAGAUCCAACAAAUACACUUUUGUGAUUGAAGGUAAAAAGUAUGUGCUUGCACCUCUCACUCCAUAUCAAGUGAGUGAGGACUAUCGGGCUAUGAAGGAGCUUCGGGAGAGAAUAAAAGACGAGGCGGCAAAAGGUGAAGGUGAAAGUUCCACUAUCGUUCCAAAGGAGGGGAGUGCCUUGGUUAAAAAUAAUAAGAACAUGUGCAUGAUAGCAAAGCCAAGCAAGUGUUUAAAGGGUGUGGAUGAGGAAUGCUUUCUAGUGUGCCUUGUCAACACCAACCUUUUGUUACAUGCUAACCAAGAUACUAGGACUUUGCCUAGUAUUAUUUCUUCUCUUUUGCAGGGCUAUGAUGAGCUAUUUCCAGAUGAGAUGCCCGCUCGAUUACCACCCUUGAGGGGAAUCAAGCACCAAAUAGAAUUUAUACCGGGUUCACAAAUCCCCAAUCGUCCAGCUUAUAGGAGUAACCCGGCAGAAACCAAAGAGCUAUCAAGGCAAGUGGUAGAGCUUCUUGAGAAGGAGUUGAUCAAAGAAAGCCUAAGUCCUUGUGCCAUACCGGUAAUUUUUGUUCCCAAAAAGGAUGGCACUUAG